AUGGCUCCUAAAAAGAAGGCAGUCAAGGAGCCUGAGGCCAAGAGGAAGAAAGGGGGCAAGAAGGAGCUUGUGACCGUGAAGCCUGUGGAGACACCGUUGCCUGAGGAGACCAAGGAGUUCUACCACAUCCAGAUCCGAGACCUGGAAGACCGGCUGGUCCGGUACCAGCGGAAGUGGGAUGAGCUUGCUGUGCAGGAGAAGUUAUUCCGCCAGGAGUAUGACCAGCUGGCCAAUAACAAGAAGGAGAUCGUGGCCUUCCUCAAGCGCACGCUCAAUCAGCGGGUGGAUGAAAUUGCAGACCUCAACGAACAGCUCCAGAGCCUUCAGCUGGCCAAGGAGCUGGAGAAAGAUGCCUUCGAGGCACAGCUAGCCCAGGUGCGCCAUGAGUUCCAGGAGACCAAGGACCAGCUCACCACGGAGAACAUCGUCCUUGCGGGAAAGCUUGCGGCCCUGGAGGAAUUCAGGCUGCAGAAAGAGGAACUCACAGAGAAGUUUGAGCUGCUGGAGGACCAGCUGCGGCAGCAGGAGAUAGAAUACAAGGACUACGUGUACAACCUGGAGAAGAAAUCAAUGCUGGACAAGGACAGACUCAGGAAAGAGAUCAUUCAGCGUGUGAACCUAGUGGCCACCGAAUUCCGCAAGGUGGCCACUAACCAGAUGUGGGAGACAACGAAGCGGGCCAUCCAGGAGAAUAGCAGCGUGACCUUGCAGCUGGCCAAGACAUCCCGGCAAGGUGUGCAGCUGCUGCAGGAGAAUGAACAGCUCAAGGGCAACCAGGAUGAGCUGUACAAACAACUGAAGGUGCUGGAGAGCACGCAGAAAGUCAUGGCCAGGCACAAAAGAGGCCACCAGAAGAUCAUCCUCAUGCUGACGGAGAAGUGCCAGGAGCAGCAGCAUAGCAUCGCAGAGGCCAAGCAGCUGCAACUGCUGCUGAGCCACCAAGAGCAGAGGUUCCAACAGCUGCAGACCGACAGCGAGGCCCUGAGGAGCCAGAGAGACCAGCUGAGCCUGCAGCUGGAGCAGCAGGAGGCUGAGGUGCAGCGGCUGCAGCAGGAGCUGGCCAAAGAACAGAGGGCUCGGGCCAGCCUGGAGGUGUCCCUGAGUCAGGCCACCUCCUUCCUAAAGGACAUUCUGCAGUUGCAUGCAGAAGAAGAGGACGGCAACUUCGAUGUGAUGUUCCAGCUGCACUGCAAAGAUAUGUUGCAGCAACUCCUGGCCAUGCUCAGCUCAGCCUUGGCCCUGAGACGCCCAAUGUCUGUGUGUCCCCACCAGGAGUCCCACCUCCAUGGCCCACCCAAGGAGAGCCAGUCCAACAUCCAGCUGCCCAAGGCUGGGUCUCUGCUGCAGCAGCUAUCUGCCAUCACCACCUCCCAGCUGGGGGAUCUAGGCCUGGUGCCUCGUCUGGGCCACAUCCCGCCUAACCCCCAGGACCUCAGACUACUCUCACAUGUCACCCGCAUGAAGACCUUCCAAUCAUACAGCAACCCUGAGAUCCAUGCCUCCAGUUCUCCAAAAAGGCUCAAAAAGUUUAGUCUUCCUGAUGUUCUCCUACGCCCCAAGUAGGACACAGAAAGAAGACCAACCCCAUACUCCAGAAACGGACCGUUCUAGCCACAGUCCCCUGCCUUUAAUCUGUGGGUCCUCCAGAGCAGCCCAGAGAACAGUGUAUAAACAGUGGAUUCCAA